UACGUUAUCACACGCCUUCUUGCAGCAAUCUAAACUCAAGGCAAACUCCAACACACUCUGGAGGUGACAAAGUGACCAACUUGGAAGCGGACAUUAAGCAGCAGUGAGCGGGCAGGAUGACAUCUGUGACUGUGAGCAGCAAGUCAUCAUUCUUCAGACCGUUUGCAGAUGCGGCCCCUGGGCAGCAGGACAGAGCCAGCCAAGAGGGACACAUGGCUGGGAGCUGUUCUUCAGCGCUGUACAUGGCCCAGCCUGAAGUCGCCGAGAAGAAAGGCAACCCGAGCUGGGAAAAUGAGCCGGAGGACAGAGGCUACCUGCAUCCAACUGAGAACUUCACACAUGAAGAACUGAAGGCAAAGCCAGGCCAGGAGCAGAAACCAGCCAUGUCUUACAUCGCUCUGAUAGCCAACGCGAUUCUAACUUCCCCCAACAAGAAACUCAACCUGGGCUCCAUUUAUAAAUACAUCGAAGACACGUUCCCCUAUUACAAAGGUCGUGGCCAAGGCUGGAGGAACAGUGUUCGUCACAAUCUCUCUCUCAAUGAGUGUUUCAUUAAGGCAGGGAGAUGUGAGGAUGGCAAGGGCAAUUACUGGAGUAUACAUCCCUCCAACCUCGAUGAUUUCUCCAAAGGAGAUUUCAGACAGCGCCGGAGGUGCCGCAGGAGGGGGCGUGCAAAGGAGCUGGAAAGUAAGCUAGCUGUGACUUACCCGAGCUGCCCGUUCCCAGUGGAGCCCCUCGCCCUGAACUCGCUGUACUCCCCGUACACCGAGCAGGAGCGCAGGGCGUACCGGCUGGAUGAGGUCUUAUACAGGCAGUACAUCAGCAACCCCUUUUGGAGGUGGUACCACAACUGCAGGAACCCUGCAGGCUCUGGCUGCGAUGCUGGCCUGAACACAGGGGCUCAGUGGCAAGGUUUGGGGGACAAUGGAUCCCCUCCAAACUUCUUCAAAACUGUCAACAACUGA